AUGGAACUUGGCGUUUUGGUGGAGAACUGUGAAUGCCUUGGUGAAGACCUGAAGAACGUAUUCGGUUUGUACUGGCAACUUCCAUCAGAAUCGCUGCAAAAAGCUCUCGAAAAGGAGGCUUUCUACAAUAUGAAGAAGCCGUUGGCCAUCGAUAUCGAGGGAGAAAGAAGCGCGAUUUAUCUCGCGACAUCGCCAAAGGAACUUAGCAAUCGCAAUCGCACUUGGGAUUUGGAUGCGAUUGUGACCGAGAUCGACAACGCAAAUGAAUCCCUUGACGUUCACGUCAUGGACUACUUUCCUUUGUUCAUCUACACUUCGCCAAAAAUGCAUUUUCCUACCAUCGACGACGCUCUGCGACGGGCAGUCAUUCGUGGAGUUCAUGUGCGAAUUCUGGCAUCAGCGCUACAUUAUCCAGAAAUCGGCAUAAGAUUUCUUCGUUCACUGGAAUCUCUGAACAACAUGAGUGAGAAUACCAAAAUUGAACGUAUAUUCAAAGUACCAAGUUCUAAUACUGACAGUAUUGUGGUCAGCCGUGAAAGAAGAACACAUAAUAAGUUCAUGGUGUCCGAGACAGCAGUGAUAAUUGGUACAUCAAACUGGUCAGGUGACUACUUCAUGGGCGGAACAACCGGUGCGGCCAUCAUCGUUAAGCAAUUUGGUGUAAAACGAGCUUUAGUGAGGCAAAUGCAGGUGAUUUUCGAACGAGAUUGGAGAAGCGAGUACGCGCAUCCAUUGGAAGACUAUUUUUUCGGAUGCGUCGAAAACGGAUCGCGAGCUCAUUUCUGUGAAGCGGAAAAGGACCCAAGCCUCCUGUCGUCUCCUCAAAUGAAAUGA